GACACAGCUGGGCGGCAUGAACGUUUUAAUGCAUACCCGUGGUUGCAAGUUAAAACUGAAACGUUCUGACUAUUCACCAGCAAAUGAGAGCUUCUUAGGAAUGUACAGUACCGUUUAACAAAAAAGAACAUUGUGGCGAUUUAUUAAGAGCCAUGAGGACUACAGCAGCUCUGAGAGCCAAGAAAAGGAGAGUAGAUGUGAUUUUCCUCGUGGUGGGGGUUAGUGCGGUUUUGUAUGGAAUAGCCCAUCUUCUCCACGAGGUUGCCUCCUCUAGUUUGCGUGCUGCUGUGAGAGCUCGUCGAGAUACAUCGGCGGAUAAUGAAACCAAGUGUGUACAGGCUCCUUCAUCCGAAUUUCCUGAAGGAUUUUUUACGCUCGAAGAAAGGAAGGAGGGUGGGAUCAUCAUUCAUUUUAUCAUCAUCCUCUACAUGUUGUUGGCUAUAGAUAUAGUGUGUGAAGAUUAUUUCCUACCUUCUCUGGAAGUCAUCAGUGAAUGUCUUGGUCUCUCUCAAGAUGUUGCUGGAGCAACAUUUAUGGCUGCGGGAAGUUCUGCACCUGAACUGGUCACUGCUUUUCUAGGUGUGUUUGUGACAAAGGGAGAUAUUGGAGUCAGUACAAUAGUCGGAUCAGCGGUUUACAACUUGCUUGGUAUCUGUGCUGCAUGUGGAUUGUUAACUACCAUGGCUUGUGAGCUGACUUGCUGGCCAGUGUUCAGAGAUUGUGCAGCUUAUGCGAUCAGUGUUGCAGCACUAGUUCUCGUUAUCUUUGACAAUGCAAUCUACUGGUAUGAGUCUGCUUUGUUGCUUUUGAUCUAUGCAUUGUACAUCGUGGUUCUGUGCUUUGAUGUCCGUAUAAAUCGGUAUUUAAUGGAGACGUUUAGCCCAUGCUGCACUUGUUUAUCACGAGCAAUGGAAGAAGGCAAUGAACAACAACUGCUGAUAGAUUGGCAAGAGAAAACUGGGCCGUUGGUCCAUCGCUGUUCUCGAUCUGACAGCGGGAUUUUUCGAGAGGAUUCUGAUUAUUCCCAACUCUCUCUCAGUUUACAUGGGCUGUCUGAGAAGACUGAAGACAAAUGCCAUGUUUUUGAAGUGCCUGAAUCAGAUACAAAGCGAAUCAUGUGGGUACUAUCGCUUCCCAUUGCUGCGUUGCUGUCCAUAACUACUCCAGACUGUCGUAGACAUCACUGGAGAAAGUGGUUCAUGCUCACUUUCUUCCUGAGUGCUGUGUGGAUUUCUGGAUUUACAUACGUAUUAGUUUGGAUGGUAUCCAUAGUGGGUGAAACCUUGGAAAUUCCUGAGACCGUGAUGGGCCUCACGCUGUUGGCAGCAGGCACCAGCAUUCCAGAUACAGUGGCCAGUGUACUCGUUGCCAGAGAAGGCAAAGGAGACAUGGCAAUGUCGAACAUUGUAGGAUCCAAUGUAUUUGAUCUGCUCUGUUUAGGAGUGCCUUGGUUUGUUAAAACUGCAUUUGUGGACCCAUCACCUGUACAAGUUAACAGCAGUGGCAUGACCUAUACAACAGCUUCUCUCCUCCUUUCCAUCAUCUUCAUGUUUGUGGCAAUUAAAGUCAAUGGAUGGAAAUUAGACAAGAAACUUGGAGCAACAUGUCUGCUUGUCUACGUGGUUUUCCUCACUAUCUCCAUUCUGAAUGAGCUGGGAAUACUAGGCAGUGUUCCUGUAAGAAUAUGUGACUAACAUUAAAAUGCAACUGACACUGGGCUAUAACGAAAGCUGAAGUUUUUAAACUUUUUAUCCUUUGAAAUACUAUCCUCAACCUCCAAGAGAAAUUAAGUUAUAUCAUUUUCCAUCUCCAUUUCCACUCAGACCACCAAACACACUAUUUAUCUUCCAAAUCUGUGUCCAGUUUUCUCCCAACUCUUAUUCGAGGUUCAAAUAUCUAUCCUUCCAUAGCUUUAUUAAAUCUCAAAUAAAAUGCUUGUUUUUCUCUACUGGUCUGAAACUAUCGUUUAAUCACAACAGCCACUUAAACAAAUCUCCUACAAUGUCCAGGAGUAUGGCUACAUACAGUCAUAACUAGACAAUCAGUGCACUAUAGUCUUUCCUAUCACACUAUUCCUAACCUCACGUUUCUACUGUAUUAGAGACAAUUAGUACUAUGGUUAUGCUGACAACUGUAAUCAUCAACUAUCCAGUAUACUGUCAGACUGGCAAAAACUGGGAAAGAAAUAUGCUGUAAAUCAGAAACAAAUUUCUGGAAAAGCUCAGCAGGUCUGGUAGCAUCAGUGAAGGGAAAUUUUGAAAGUUUGAGGAAGGUCACUUGACCUAAAACAUUAACUCGGGUCACUCAACCCAAACCAUUAACUCCAAUUUCUCUCCACAGAUGCUGCCAGACCAGCUGAUCUUUUCCAGUUAUUUGUUUUUAUUAUUGACGUUGUCAGACUGCAUUUGUUAGCCAUGCUUAAAAAGGACCCAAAAUUUUCUCCCACUUAAAAUACCAGAAUUUGGCAUCGUGAAGGUUCUUCCCCGGGCACAAGCUGGACCUCGCAAGUGGAACAGCAGCCAGAGUGUCAUAGAUGCUGAUCUAACCUUUUAUCACAGUUACAAUUACCUUUUCACCUAACAUUUCACUGCUGCCUUUUUGCUUCAAAGAUCCUUGUUCAUCCAUAAAACAGAGAUAGCAGCAGCAAAUACUGUGAUGUCUAACCUAGAUUGCUUUUGUUCACCAGCAUCCCAAGCUCUAACCUGAAACAUGUUUUCAGUGAGUUGAGACACAUCGUAAAACUGACCUUUAGCACAGUCCAUUUUUUAAACUUUACUCUUGAACUACAGCGUGUUUUAAGGCAAAUGGUGCUUUAUACAUACAAGUUUCUAUUGAUUAAACAGUUUACAACUUUCCAUGGACCAUUUUUGCAUGUAAAAUUAUGAAUACAAGAAUUUGGUAAAAUAUAUGUUGGACUACAGGGUUCCUAAUAAAUCAGAACAAUUCAACACAUUAUAACAAGUUCAUUGCAUGUAUUGAACUAUACUGCCUAGAGAUUUUAACCUUCACGACAAAAUCAAAAUACCUCUUGUUGGAUACUAUUGGUUUCUAUUGGUGUAGAUUAACUUACUGAGGUUUCAUUUUGUGAGUGUUCAAAAGGACUUCUUUCCCCCCCCAAACAGGCAUCUAGGAAAAAAGACACAAAAUUGAGUUAUAUUCCAAGCUAAAUUUAGGACAGGAAGUCAUGUCUCUCUUUCAACUUCAUAAAAACUUAAUCAACAUGAGAGAAUAAGCUUUUAGGGUUGGGGUAAACGAGCAGUUGACAAAAAAUCCCUGACCAAUAAAGGUUCAUACUCACAUCCCUGUAUGGGAGCACAUUUAUAACAUAAUUAAGGAUCCAACGCAAACAUUUCCUCAUUUAUCAACAGCUAUUUUGAAUAGUCUUGCCUAGUGUUUCAACUUACAUACAAAUUGACUGGAGAACAGAAUCAAGUGAAAUCCAGUUGAUGUCUAUACUGGUUCAUCCUCAAUUGUACAAUAUUGAAAAAUGUAAAAUCCAACAAUUUAGCCUUGUUUAUAACAAAAUGCACGUUACUGCCUUUUUUAAACAAAUGCAAAAUAUUACUGAUUUAAUUUUAAAAAUGCAUGUCAAAAAUAACGUAACAUCACUGAUCCAAAGUAAAACACAU